AUGGCAGCAGCUCCCCGCUUCCAGCCCUACUGUCCAGACGCCGGUCUCCAGCUCUGCUGUCCAGACGGCAGUCUCCAGCCCAGAGGCCCAGAGGCCCAGACGCCGGCUCCCAGCCCGGAUGCCCAGACGCCGGCUCCCAGCCCUGAGGCCCAGCCGCUGGGCUCCGGUCCUGACGUCCCGUCGCCGGACCCCUGUCCGGUCAGCAGACCUCCGGAGGGUCCCAGCCUUCGUCUUCGCCGCCGACCUCCGGUAACCUCCCAUCUGUACCACAGGCAUUCCACCAGACCUCCAGAAGGGAGUGAACUUAAUCGCAAGGCGCAGGAUUGCAGCUCCGACCCUAUCAAGCCCCUGGGCCAUCCACCCGGGGUACCCUGCACCUCGCCCGUCCAGUCCCCGGGCCGUUCACCUGAGGUCCCCAGCUCCUCGCCUGGCCAGCCCCGGGCCGUCUGCCCGAGGUCCCCAGCUCCACCCUGGUCCAAGCUCCGGGCCGUCCGCCCGAGCCCGGAGGUCCGCAGUCAGCCAGUCUCCGCUCCGGCUUCUAGCCCGGAGGUCCGCAGUCAGCCUGUCUCCUCUCCGGCUUCCAGCCCGGAGGUCCGCAGUCAGCCAGUCUCCUCUCCGGUUUCCAGCCCGGAGGUCCGCACCGUCUGCCAGAGUCCGCGACGGCCUCCCGCCGUCUUCAAGCCCCUGGUCGUCCGCCAGAGUCCGCGACGGUCUCCUGCCGUCUCCAAGCCCCUGGUCGUCCGCCAGAGUCCGCGACGGUCUCCCCCCGUCUCCAAGCCCCUGGUCGUCCGCCAGAGUCCGCGACGUUUUCCCCCUGUCUCCAAGCCCCUGGUCAUCCGCCAGAGUCCGCGACGAUCUCCCCCCGUCUCCAAGCUCUGGGUCGUCCACCCGGCGAGACCGGACUCCGUGUCCAACCUCGUUUGUGGAUAG